AGUCCCGCGAAGUUCUCAGAAUUUCGGAUUCGGUAGAAUCAAAAUCAGAAUAUAAAUUUGGUGGUUCCCCUUGGUUCACACUUGAGUCACAAGACUAUUUUCGUAUUGUUCGUGAAGAUCUAACUGUUGAAUCUACGUGGACCUUUAUCGUGCUAGAACGAUUGAAAAUAGAUAGCUUGAUCAAGUCGCUAAAAUGCCCGACAGCCAGAAAGUGUAUCCUUCAUGUUGUUGUUGCGAUGGAAGCACAGAUGAAAGACUUCAGACGCGAUCUUCAGUGCUUUGUCCMAACGAAACGAAGAGUAUUAACUCGCUUGAAUUUGCUGAAGAUUUGAUAAAUAAAAGUAAAGAAAGGUGUCAUAAUCCAACCCAAUCUCUGCAGCUCCUUUCUUGUGGAGCAGGAGCAUUGAARAAGCAAGCUUCUGUAGCUUCAGCUAUUGCCUCGUGUUUACAUUUGUUUAUCUUAAGUGUGACACUCCACUUCUUGCCUUGCUUACCUGAAUCCGGAAGUGAAAGGCCACCAAGUAAUAAAAAAAUACCGCAGGAACAUGACUUCAUCAUAAACAAUUGUGCGAAAGGCAGUGACAAAGAGGUUGCUAUUUGCUGUGAUGGUGAAGGUGACACAAAAUCAAAGAAAAGCACAGGAAAAACUAUCCAAAAUAACUCCAGUGGCUCUAUAGUGAAAGCCAACUCGGGAAUUACUUUACCCUUCCGAAAACAGACUAAUGGUGAUGAUGAUGAAGAAGAUGAUGAAAACAGAAAUCGUAAAAGGAAGUUAAGCAGAGUGCCUUGCAGUAAAAGUCAACUAGAGCCUGAUAAUGAUGAAGGACAUAAUGACAAUGNUUAA